AAGCAACACCCUUGAAGUAGAGAAGCAGGCUACAUUGAUCAAGCAGAGGCUUGAGAGGCACCAGAGCAGCUCACCAACCCCUAUCUAUGAGGCUCUAAGUCAGCUUUCCAAGGGGGCCCAGAUAAUGGCUACCUCAGCAGCCCUAAUGCAGUCACAGAUUUCUACACUUCAACAGGUGAAUGAAGCAAUGAGUAUGAGGAGGAAGAGGAAGAGGAAGGUAUUUCAGUCAGAUGUAAGCUUGUCAGUGGCUGAGGUUGAAGCAAUAGAGGAGCAAGAGCAAAUUGAAGCACAAAUAAGAGGAGAGAUGAGAAGGCUAAAAAGGAGAUCACCUACAUGUAGUAGCUGCAAGCAGCAAGGCCAUACUAUUAGAACUUGUAGAAACAAGGAGUAGCUAAUAAUGAAUCAUAUCUGCCAAUUUGAAGU